AUGCCGGAAAAAGCGAGGUUGGGCGAGGCCAUGCAUCAAGGACGGCACAAACGGCUUGCAGGGAUAUUAAUUGGUGUAGUCGUGGGGAUAUCUUUGCUUUUUGUUGCUUGCUACCGCAAAUUCCCAGUGUGGUCGAUGUUUCUGUCUGAAGACAUCACCAGUAACACUUUGGUGGAAAAUGUCUCACAAACCGCUGAUGUAGAACAAUUGGCAGCACUAGGACUCAGUACAGACACCCCAGUCAAGAUAAUACAGCUUUCGGGCGGCAAAUCCAAGACUUUGCGCGGACGGUUCCUGCACAUCACCGACAUUCAUCCAGACCCUUUUUACAAGACUGGUACGUCAGUAGCGCAGAUGUGUCAUAGAGGGAAGCCCGAAGACAAAUCUGACAGGGCCCCUCGUUUCGGAACGGCCAUGAAUGGCUGUGACAGCUCUAUGGACCUUAUGGAAUACACUCUUAAGUGGGUGGAGGAUAAUCUGCGAGACCAGAUCGAUUUCGUGGUGUGGACCGGCGACAACAUCAGACACGACAACGAUCGUCGCAACCCUAGAACCGAGUCUCAGAUUUUUGACCUUAAUGCCCAGAUGGCCCAAAGAUUCGAAAAGAUAUUUCGCAACCCAGAUAACAUAGACCCAAGAGAUUUUGACGUGGAAGUCAUCCCCAGUCUUGGCAACAACGACGUUUUCCCUCACAACUUAUUUUCUCUGGGGCCAACACUACAAACUCGUGAGCUUACCAACAUGUGGUCGAACUUUGUACCGCAAGAACAACAACGGGCGUUUGCCCGUGGCACGUCUUAUUUUGUCGAAGUGAUUCCUGGGAAAUUGGCAGUGCUAUCGAUAGAAACAUUAUACCUUUACAAGGCCAAUCCGCUUGUUGAUACGUGCAACUCCAAAAAAGAGCCAGGGUAUCAGCUGCUGCUAUGGCUCGGCUAUGUGCUUGAAGAGUUGCGUAGCAGAAACAUGAAGGUGUGGCUAACGGGACACGUCCCACCUCUGCCGAAAAAUUACGAUGGCAAUUGUUUCCACAAAUACACGCUUUGGACUAAUGAAUAUCGCGACAUUAUAAUAGGCGGACUAUAUGGGCACAUGAAUAUCGACCAUUUCAUACCUUUGGACGCCAAGAAGUCGUGGAAGGCCAUUGAGAAAUCCAACAGUAAAGCAUUCAACGAGAAGAAGAAUGGAGAAUUUGGUGACGACGAUGAUUCAGAUGACGUACUGGAUAGUGCGGUGGAAGCAAGCGAUGCCAGAAUAAUGGGUGCCAAGCCUGUAAAUAAGGUCGCAUACAUCGAAAAGGUGCGUGAGACAUACUACAACAAGAUAGCUUCCAAGGCCAGCUCGUUCGCGAGUAGAAGAAGCAGAAAGAAGCACAAGAACAAGAACAAAAACGACAAGAACAAUAAAAAGCCAACACAUUACAAGGGCAAGGUCGACCGCUACAGUAUCGUCACCGUUGCUGGCUCUGUGAUUCCAACCUUCAAUCCUGCGUUCCGGGUUUGGGAAUACAACAUCAGUGGGCUAGAGUCAAGCUGUUCCACCAAUGCGAUGCACACGCAAGAGUGGGGGACGUUUUUCGACAAUUUGGAAACAAAAAUCGAACAAGAUUUAAUGGAAGAAGAGAAUACUUUUGGCUGGGCAGGUGCUCUGUGGCGUAGUGGCAAGAUCGACAAGACAAUUCCGUCGCGAAUGCCGACAGACUUGCCUCUGGGGCCUGCAUACACGCCACAGUUGUUCACACCAACGCGAUUUGUUCAGUAUUACGCGGAUCUGAAGGACAUUGAGCGGAAAUACAGUCAGGCGCUUGAUGACGGCCUCAACGAAGAGGAGGCCGCGGCCAAGGCGUUUGCUUACCAAGUCGAAUACAGCUCAGACGAUGCACCAUACCCGAUGAAAUCACUAUUGACCAAAGACUACAUUGACUUGGCGGUGGAACUCGCGUACAACGAAACGCUAUGGACCAAAUUCACUGAGCGAGCCUUUUUGUCUUCGGGAUAUGACGACUAG